AUGUUUGAUAGGCUCUCAAAGAAAUUAUCAGAAAGAAUAGAAUUGACUCACAGCUGCCUGCAAGAUUCAUACUUGUUCAAAAGUUGUGUUUAUUUUUCAAAUUGGUCUGUUUACAGUAAAAAGCACUUUCCGAAGGAUAUUCCAGCGAGUAAUGUUUCUCAUAUCUUCUAUGCUUUUAUUGGCAUGGACUCUGCAACUGGUCAAUUAAAGCUCUCAGACGAAUGGGCAGAUGCUCAAUUACCAAUGGAGUCUCCAAAUGACCCGAAUAAAAAGGUAUGUGGUAGCUUGUUGCAGUUACUCGAGAUUAAACAUAUGAAUAGACACCUUAAGGUCCUUAUGUCUAUUGGAGGAUGGGGAACUAGUGGAUUAUUUACAGAAAUUAUGUCAAAUCCAUCCAAGAUGGAAAACUUUGUUAAUAGCUCAAUUGAAUUGCUCCUAAAAUAUAGAUUUGACGGAAUUGAUAUUGAUUGGGAAUAUCCAGCUAACACGACAGAGGCACAACUUUUAGUCGAAUUGCUAAAGAGGUUAAGAACGGGGUUGGAUAGAAUACAGAACCAUAGUGAAUUGCUACUAACAGUGGCAUCACCUGCUGGGGAUGAACAAUUGGCUGUAAUGAAGUUGCGUGAAAUGGAUAAAUAUUUAUCAUUUUGGAAUGUUAUGUGUUAUGACUUUGCAGGUGGAUCAUGGUCUUCGAAGACAGGGUUCCAUUCCAACUUAUUCGGGAAAAAUGGAGAUAAUUCGUUGAAUUGUUCCGAUACUAUUCAGAAAUAUAUAAAUCAAGGGAUCAAUUCUCGUAAAUUGGUUAUGGGAAUGCCGUGCUACGGAAGAUGCUUUUAUAAUGCUUCUAGACCAGAAAUUGGCCAACAUUUCAAACUGGGUAAUGGAGAACAAGAUACUGUUGAUUAUAAGCAACUACCAAUGUCAGGCACUCAGGAAGAGUUUGAUAAUAGAAAGGUCUGUGCCUAUAGUUAUGAUCCAAAAUCCCACGUCAUGGUUACCUAUGAUAAUCAACAAUCCGCUAGAAUCAAAGCUAAAUUUGUAGAACUGCACAAACUAGGCGGUGGUAUGUGGUGGGAUUCGGCCGGCGAUACCACAAAUCCUGAUAGAUCUUUGAUAUUGAAUUUUGUUGAUCAAUUAGGCGGAGUUCAAAAGUUGGAUAAGAGUAUAAAUUAUAUAGGGUAA